AAUAAAUAAAUAAAAAAAAAUUAAAAAAAAAAUUAAAUUAAAAAAUUAAAUUAAAUAAAAAAACAAUAAAUAAAAAAUAAUAAUUAAAAAAAAAUAAAUAAUAGUAAAUAAAAAAAUUUAAAUAAAUAAAAAUAUCAAUAAUAAAAAAAAAUAUGAAAAUCCCUUCUGUGAAAAAUUGGUUCAAAUAAAACAAAAAAAAAAAUUAACAAUUAUUGUGUGAGUGUAAAGUGUGUGAAUAGAAAAGAAAAAAACAAUAAAUUAGAAAAUGAAGGAAAAUAAAGAGAAAAAAUUAAAAAUAAUUUUUGAUAAUUAUUAAAAUUUUGGUGAAAAAAUUUUGAAAAAAAAAAUAAAAAAAAAAUACAAGAAAAAGAAAAAUUUUAAAGAAGGGAUAAGAAUAGUUCACAAAUAUGGAUUUUUCGAUUGUACAUUAUUAUGCAGGAACAAUAAUAACAGGAAAAAUUGAUCUCAGCUUUUCCACUGGAUUAUCUAAUCAUUUCCCAAGAUUUGAAUGCAUCCUAUUAUUUAAUCAAACUUCUUAAUUAUCGGCUAAAUUGCAAACAAAAAUUUAUAUUAUCUCAAGGAAGUAAAUGAUUUAUUAUUCUCGAAUGUUAAGGUGAGGAGCAAAAGAAGAGUUUCGAGAAAAAAUGGUGAUAAAAAAACUAAAAUUCUGGUGGAAACUUUUUCGAACUGAAGACUCGAAAGGUAUAAUUGCUGGACUGGCAGCGCACUCGGGACAAAUUUCCGUGGGUCUAUCGCAGGGAUUUAGUGCAAUUUUAAUACCAAAAUUAUUGGACACAAAUUUUGCCACUGUAUCAGAAUGUUCAUGGAUUGCGUCAUUGGGUGUUAUUUCAAAUCCAGUUGGCGCAUUAUUUGCUGGGGUUAUGGCUGAAUUUUUCGGUAGAAGAUCAGCAAUUGCAUUGGCAACAUUGCCACAUAUUGCCGGUUGGUUAAUUAUUGCAUUCUCCACAAAUGUGCCAUUAUUGUACGCAGGCCGAAUUGUCAGUGGAAUUGGCACUGGAAUGGCAAAUGGACUUUAUCUCUACGUUAGUGAGGUUGCUGCACCACAUCAACGAGCCUGGCUUGCCAGUUUAGGGCCAGUUAUGGUUUCUUUUGGUGUAUUAAUAGCUUAUAGUUUAGGGGCCAUGACAUCAUGGCAAAAUACAGCAGCCAUUAGUGUUGCCCCAGCAAUUUUUUCAUUAGCUUUAACCAGAAUUUUGCCCGAAACACCAGCAUGGUUAGCGGCAAGGGGUCGAAUUGAAGAGGCAAAAGAUGCACUUUUAUGGCUACGUGGUCCCGGUUUAUCAACAGACAUUGAACAUAAUGAAUUAUCGGCGUCAUUAAAUUCAAAAUUGGAAUUGAAUGAAAAAAAUCUUUUCAAUUCAAAGGGGGAAUAUUCAAAAAUUUGGAAACCAUUUUUAAUAUUAUUCUUAUUUUUUGCGAUACAACAAUUUUGUGGAAUUUAUAUUAUAUUAUUUUACGCUGUCUCAGUACUCAAGGAUAUUGGCGUUAGUAUUGAUGAAUAUUUAGGUAGUGUGGGAAUUGGCGCUGUACGUUUAUUGGCGUCAAUUGUUGGCGCUGCAUUGUCACGAAAUUUAGGACGUAAAACAUUGGCAUCAAUUAGUGGUCUUGGAAUGGCGGUUUCUGCACUUGGUGUUGCCUUAUCAGUGAGAUUUGAAAUACCUUCAUUGCUGCCAUUGACUUGUGUUGCGAGCCACGUGGGAUUUUCAAUGAUUGGAUAUUUAACCUUGCCAUGGGUAAUGACCUCGGAACUUUAUCCAUUACGAUUAAGGGGAAUUUUCGGUGGACUAACGACAAGUAUUGCACAAAUUUUGACAUUUGCCGCUGUCAAAACAUAUCCCGAUGUUAAUUCAUUUCUUGGUCUUGAAUCGACAAUGUGGACAUUUAGCGCCGCUGGUUUACUAGGUGCUGUUUUUGCAAUGACAAUUCUUCCCGAAACACGUGGUCGUAGCUUGGAUCAAAUAGAAACUGGUUUCACUAGUGGCCCAUCAAAAUUAAAAUCAUCAAUUGUCAUUGAGCCAAAAAAUGUGACGCUGAAAAAUUUUAAAAAUAUGUCAGAAGACAAAUAUCCAAAUAUGAUUGCAAAUGUCUAUGCAUAUGACAAUUUUUCACUCGAUUUAACCCUCGAUAAUGAUGUGGAGAAAAAUUUUCAAUCUAAAAAUAUUUAUCAAAAUAAUAAUGUUCCAAGACUUGAAAUUAGUUGUAUACCAGUUGAAAAAUUGUAUCUCUAAAAAUUUUUUUUUCAAUUUCAAAAAUUACAUCUAUUUACGAGUUUACGUAAUUUUACGUAAAUUUGCGCAUGUCUACGAACUUUUACGUAAAUUUACGUAUAUACACAAACUUGCGUGAUUUACGUAUAUUUACGAUCUUACGUAAAAAUUACGUAUAUCUGCCAACUUACGCAAAACGUCUAUUUACUAUUUUACGUAAAAUUACGUAAUUUGAAAUAAUACGUAAUUUUACGAUCUUGUGUAAAAAUAAAACGUAUAUUUACGUUUUUACGUAAAAUUACGCAUACAUACGAUAAUACGUGUAUUUCCUGCAAACGGUAGGUAUUUAAGUAAAUUUAACACAUUUAAGUAAACAUGCGUAAGUUUACAUAGUUACGUAAGAUUACGUUACUACGAAAAUAAAAGUUUACGAAUUUAUAUAAUGUUUAUAUGUAAAUAAAUUUUUUGUAAAUAUGUACAGUAUAUAAUAUAAAAAAAAACAAAUUCGUUAAAUUUUGACUGAAUUAGUCAAUUAAAAUAUUAUAUAAUAUUUACAUUAAAAUAUCGAUAGUUUUAGUUAAAAUAUCGAUUUUUUUAUUAUUAAUUGUUAUAUCGAUAUUUUUAAUCGAUAUAUUUUAAAUAUUUAUAUAUUUGACUUUUUUUAUGACGAUUUUAAUUUAGCGAUAGAUUGAUUUAAAAGUAUCGAUCCUACAAACGAGACAUCGAUAUGAAACUUAUCGAUAUAUCGAUAUAUCCUCCGAGAUAUCGAUAAUAGAAGAAUCGAUUUAUCGUUCAGAAUAUCGAUAUAUUGUUUACGAAAACUAUAAUUUUUAUAUCGAUCAAUCAUUUGAAAUAUCGAUAUAUCGAUAAUAUUGAAAUCGAUAUAUCAUUUGCAAUAUCGACAAUUUUUAUAUCGAUAUAUAAUUUACAAUAAUAUAUAUCCUUCGAGUUAUCGAUAAUUAGAAAUCGAUUAAUCGUUCAGAAAAUCGAUAUAUCAUUUGCAAUAUCGAUACAUCGAUAUAAAAAUUAUUUAUAUUGCAAACGAUAUAUUAAUUAUUUUUUAUCGAUAUUCUGAACGAUUAAUCGAUCCGUAAUUAUCGAUUUCUCGAAGGAUAUAUCGAUAUUACAAACGAUAUAAAAAUUAUAGUUAUAUCGAUAUUGCAAACGAUAUAUCUAUAUAAAAAUUAUCGAUGUAUUGAUGUUGCAAAUGAUAUAACGAUAUAAAAAUUAUCGAUUUUAAAUCGAUAUAUCGAUUUUUUAUUAUCGAUAUCUUGGAGGAUAUAUCGAUAUAUUACAAACGAUACAUCGAUAUUGCAAAUAUUAAAUCGAUAUGAAAAAUAUCGAUUUCACAAUCGAUAUUCAGAACGAGAAAUCGAUUUUUAAUUUAUCGAUAUAUAAAAAUUAUCGAUAUUGCAACUGAUGUAUCGAAAUCAAAAUUUUCAAAAUUGCAGACAAUAUAUCGAUUAUCGAUAUGUCGGGAGUAAAUUAGCGUUUUUUUGUAAUUUUUGCGAUAUAUCGCAAAAAAAAAAAAAAAUAUUGAUAUGUAUAUUCUUUUUUUUUGUUGUAGAUUGAAUGAGUUUCUUGAAUAUUUUUUUUAAAUGCGUGACAGAAAAUAAAGUAUGUGAUUUUAUUUAUAAAA